CUAACCUCAAUCGAUUCAAAUCCCGCCGAACUUUUAAUCGUCAUAUUUAAUUGUGAGUCGAUUGAUAUUCAAACCAACAGCUCAAAUCCGGUCUAAUCCUACGACUACUAAAGGUUGUGGUUAAUAAUUUGUGCCAUUAAAACGUGGUUAAAUAUGAACCUUAAAAAAAUAGUUGUAAUGAAAAGAUGAUAAAGCUGAUUUAAUUCGACACUGCUAUAACCGGUGAACUAAGUAAUAUCAAAACUUGUCGGGAACAUGGACAACGAACCGUCCACUAGCACAGCUUCAGGUUUAUCUCCGAGGGAUGUUACCAGUGUUGAUGCUAAAACCAAAGAAAAAGAUUCUAAGAAAGAAAAAGCCCUUGAAGGAAUUAAGCAGGUUUUGAAUAUGAGCGAAACUUAUUCCAAGUUUUAUAAUGAUAAGUUAACAACUAGUAGAGAAGGUAAAAAAUUAAAGAAUAUGCUCAAUCAACCUGUAACCCAAGAAUCCAUAAGUGAUAAAAACAAGGACUUGAAGUACUUUACAGGAACUCUCCGAGAUUAUCAAAUUGAUGGUGUUCAUUGGUUAAAAACUUUAUACCAAAACGGAGUGAACGGUAUCUUAGCGGACGAAAUGGGUUUAGGAAAAACGAUUCAAGUAAUUGCUUUAUUAGCUCAUUUGUACGAAAAACGUAGUUCCGGGCCAUUUCUAAUCAUUGUUCCGCUGUCUACUCUGGGAAAUUGGCAAAAUGAAUUCAAAAAAUUUGCUCCAAGUCUUCCAGUGGUUGAAUUUUACGGAGAUAUCGAAGAACGUAAAAAAUUACAACGCAGCCUUUUUAAAACGUUUACAUUGAAAGGUGAUAAUGUACCGGUUAAACCGAUUGUUAUUACUACACGCCAUAUGGUUUCUAAACAGUUAGCACUAUUUGCUUCAAUUAAAUUUAAAUGUUUGAUUGUUGAUGAGGCUCAUAUGUUGAAGAAUUACAAGUCUAAAGUGUCCUGUGAAUUACGUACUUUGCAAUGUUCAAAUAAACUUCUACUAACCGGAACUCCACUGCAAAAUAAUUUGGAUGAGUUAUGGUCGAUUUUAAACUUUAUAAUGCCUAUGAUUUUUAAGAGAAUCGACAUGUUUUCAUCUUUCUUACUGCUAGAAGAUUUGCAGGAUAACGAUAAGAUAAUUAAGGAAGAAGAAUCAACAAAUAUUGUUUCAAAAAUACAUCGUAUGUUAGCUCCUUUUAUAUUAAGGCGUUUAAAAAGCGAGGUUUUAGAUGAUAUCGUACCCAAAAAGGAGGUGUUGGUAUAUUGUCCAUUAUCUCAAACACAAAAAAAUCUAUACAGUUACGCUUUAGAAAAAAAUCUCAAUGCACUCGCAGGAAAAACUAUUGAAGAAGAAGAAGUGAUUGAUGUUGAUCAACCUAGAAAGAAACGGAAGUGUAGAAAUGAAAAUAUUGAUUACACUCUAGAUUAUAUUAAAAAAGAUGAUUGUCCAAUUGUAAACGUAAAUACUAGCGAAAAACGAUUUUUCACUGUUGAUGGUCAACCAUAUCUUACGAAACUUGCUUCCGUCCUAAAUCCAGUAAUGUUAUUCAAAAAACUCGCCAAUCAUCCACAUUUAAUACAAUUUCCGAUCACUGAGGACCUGAAAGAGAGAUUGGUCGAUCAAAGAUUAAUUACCGAAAGUGGGAAAAUGAUGGUUUUAGAUGCUUUAUUAAAGAAAUUACAUAAAACCAACCAUAAGGUCCUAAUUUUCAGUACGUUCACAAGUAUGCUGGAUUUGCUUGAAGAUUACAUGGGUUUAGCAGGAUACAACUUUCGUCGUUUAGACGGAAGUGAUCGGUUGGAUGUUCGUGGAAUAAGCGUUGAUGAUUUUAAUAACGAUUCCGAUGUAUUUAUAUUUUUAAUAUCAACAAGAGCUGGCGGAUUAGGAUUAAAUUUAACCGGAGCUGAUACCGUCAUUUUCUUCGAUAGAGAUUGGAAUCCACAAAUGGAUCUUCAAGCACAAGAUCGUUGCCAUAGAAUUGGUCAAACAAAACCAGUUAUGGUUUACUCUUUGAUAACAAAAAAUACGAUUGAUGAAAAAAUCGUUUCUUUGGGUCACGUUAAACGACGUUUAGAAAAGAUCGUUAUUAAAGAUGGCAAAUUUAGUAAUGCUAAUACAAGUAAUUAUAGGAUCGAUUUGCACGAGUUAAAGAGUAUGUUGCUGCAAGAUAAUUCCGAAGUAGUUGUCAAUAAUGAAAAUGUUUUAAGCGAAACUGAAUUGAAAAAUUUAUUAGAUCGAUCCGAACUUUAUGCAAUGAUGGAUAAAAAGAAAGUUGAUAAUGAUAAUGAAGUUAAAAGAAGAAGCAGGGAUAAUAAAGAAAAUGAGAUUACAAACUGAAUCAUCAUAAAUGAUUAAUGUGAGAGAAGAAACAGUAUUAUUAUUUUGAGUUACCUUACAUUUACUUUUACUUAGUUUUUGAAUA